AAUUUUUUGACAAAUUCUUACAUGUGUAUUCUAGUCUUACUUAUUUAAUUGAACAUCUCUAAAGAUAUUGACUUGAUAAUCUUAAAGACAAAGCAGAGUUGUCUUCUAUAUGCUCACCAUCAUGGAUGGUGUUUAAGCCUCAGACCUUGCUUCUUUGCUUUGCCUGACCUCUGCUCCCAAGCUUAGCCUGCCCGGUUCUGUAGUAACACUCAUUUUUGUCACGUUUUACCUCCUGCCAGCUUUUCCUUUCAUUAUCAAGUGCCUCCUGUGUGGGUUUGGGGCAUGAGUGGUUCAAAUGACUUUAAGAGAACACUUUUAAAGAUUUUAAAGAUGUAAGUUGAAGGCAGGAUGGGAGAUAGUUGGAGAUACAGCUCAGGGGUGGAGUGCUUGUCUAGAAUUCAUGCCCUGGGUUCAACUCUAUCCCUAGUACUGCCAAAGGGAGAACAUGGGGUGGGACACACCUAGAAAAUGGAUUUUUAAAAUGACUCCUUUCGGGAAUAGUUUCACAGAAUAUGAAUGUGUUAGACUUGGAAUUAUUACCUUUAAGAGAUUGAGGGAACAGACCUGGAAAACGAGUGAUUGAGAAGACUAUGAGUUAUUUGGUAGAAACGUACAAAUUAUAAAAGCUAAAUUUGGUGAGUUUUUGAGUAGCAAAGUGGGAGUGUUCUGGAAGAGACUUAGGAAACUUGUUAGGUAAAUUCAAGAGUAUUCAAGAGUAAGUGGAAAGAUAGGUUAGAGAAAAAUUCUUUAAGGAAAAAUACAGUUCUUGUGUAAAACUAAAGGGAGGAAAGACUAGAAUGAAUAAAUUAAGGGAUGGAGAAGUAUAAGGACUAAAACUAUUGAAAGAUUUCUUUCCUAUUGAAGGCCAUCUUCUGCCAUAUGCCUGCCUAGUAACUUGACAGGUUGCCGUUUUGUAGGGGUGCAGGUUUUUACCAAGACUCCAGAAACCUCACACUUUUUAUUUUAGACACUCGGGAAUAGGUAGUUCUCAAGUUCCCUGGGCUUUUGGAGCUCCGGACAGAUCCGGGGAGCUGGGCCGAGCGGAGCCCAGGCAAGCCGCCAGGCCCGCGGGACCCACGCGCUUGCGGCCAAGGCCCCUUGGCGGCAGUCAAGUGAGCCGGAGGAGGAGCCUUUGUGCGGAGCGCGUGCGCCCGAGGCCUCUUUGCGCUGCUUCCGGAUCGGCUCAGCAGCAGCACUGGGGCCGCUCUGCCAGUGCCUUGGUGCAGUGUCUGUGUUGCAGUGGGCUGCCGGGGCCAGGGGCUGCUGCUUCUCCUGCUGCUGGCUGCAUGGUGCUUACAGCUUUAUGGUUUGUAAGAAGAACAGAACAGAAGACUCAGUGGCUUGAAAAUUUGGCCAAGUGACCUGGCGGGAUGGGCAUUUGCCUGACACAUUUUAUAGAGGAAUUGGAUGGCACAAGUGACUGAGAGGAUCUUGAGAGUUUCUGGAGCCUGUGAAAGGUAGAAACUCAACCAUGAUUUCUUUCUCUACUCAACAGCAUUCCCUUCCUUGAAGUCUUCAUUUUUACUUCAGUCUCAGGCAGUUAUACUUAAGCAUGAACAUUGACGACAAACUGGAAGGAUUGUUUCUUAAAUGUGGCGGCAUAGACGAAAUGCAGUCUUCCAGGGCAAUGGUUGUAAUGGGUGGAGUGUCUGGCCAGUCUGCUGUGUCUGGAGAACUACAAGAGUCAGUACUUCAAGAUCGAAGUUUGCCUCACCAGGAGAUCCUUGCUGCAGAUGAAGUGUUACAAGAGAGUGAAAUGAGACAACAGGAUAUGAUACCGCAUGAUGAACUCAUGGUUCAUGAGGAGACGGUGAAAAAUGAUGAAGAACAGAUGGAGACACACGAGCGCCUCCCUCAAGGACUUCAGUAUGCACUUAAUGUCCCCAUAAGUGUAAAGCAGGAAAUUACUUUUACUGAUGUAUCUGAGCAACUGAUGAGAGACAAAAAGCAAGUCAGAGAGCCAGUAGACUUACAGAAAAAGAAGAAGCGGAAACAACGCUCUCCUGCAAAAAUCCUUACAAUAAAUGAGGAUGGAUCACUUGGUUUGAAAACCCCUAAAUCUCACGUUUGUGAGCACUGCAAUGCUGCCUUUAGAACGAACUAUCACUUACAGAGACAUGUCUUCAUUCAUACAGGCGAAAAACCGUUUCAAUGUAGCCAAUGUGACAUGCGUUUCAUACAGAAGUACCUGCUUCAGAGGCACGAGAAGAUCCAUACCGGUGAAAAACCAUUUCGCUGUGAUGAAUGUGGUAUGAGAUUCAUACAGAAAUAUCACAUGGAAAGGCACAAGAGAACUCACAGUGGAGAGAAGCCUUACCAAUGUGAAUACUGCUUACAGUAUUUUUCCAGAACAGAUCGUGUAUUGAAACAUAAACGUAUGUGCCAUGAAAACCAUGACAAAAAGCUCAACAGAUGUGCCAUCAAAGGUGGCCUUCUCACUUCAGAGGAAGAUUCUGGCUUUUCUACAUCACCAAAAGAUAAUUCACUGCCAAAAAAGAAAAGGCAAAAAACUGAGAAGAAAUCAUCUGGAAUGGACAAAGAGAGUGCAUUGGACAAAUCUGACAUGAAGAAAGACAAAAAUGAUUACCUGCCGCUCUACUCUUCGAGCACUAAAGUAAAAGAUGAGUACAUGGUUGCAGAAUAUGCUGUUGAAAUGCCACAUUCUUCCGUUGGAGGUUCCCAUUUGGAAGAUGCAUCUGGAGAAAUACACCCACCCAAGUUGGUUCUCAAAAAAAUCAAUAGUAAGAGAAGUCUGAAACAGCCAUUGGAACAAAAUCAAACCAUUUCACCCCUGUCCACUUACGAAGACAGCAAAGUUUCAAAGUAUGCGUUUGAGCUUGUGGAUAAGCAGGCUUUACUGGACUCAGAAGGCAGUGCUGACAUUGAUCAAGUGGAUAACUUGCAGGAGGGGCCCAGCAAACCUGUACACAGCAGUACUAACUAUGAUGAUGCCAUGCAGUUUCUGAAGAAGAAGCGGUAUCUUCAAGCUGCAAGUAACAACAGCAGGGAGUAUGCGCUGAAUGUGGGUACCAUAGCUUCUCAGCCCUCUGUCACACAAGCAGCUGUGGCCAGCGUCAUUGACGAGAGUACCACAGCAUCCAUAUUGGAUUCCCAAGCACUGAAUGUGGAGAUUAAGAGCAAUCAUGACAAAAGCGUUAUUCCAGAUGAGGUCCUGCAGACUCUGCUGGAUCAUUACUCCCACAAGGCUAACGGACAGCACGAGAUUUCCUUCAGUGUUGCCGAUACUGAAGUGACUUCUAGCAUAUCAAUCAAUUCUUCUGACGUACCUGAAGUCACUCCGUCAGAGAGUGUUGGAUCAAGCUCUCAGGCAUCCUCGGCAGAUAAAGCUAACAUGCUGCAGGAGUACUCCAAGUUCCUGCAACAGGCUUUGGACAGAACUAGCCAAAACGAUGCCUAUUUGAAUAGCCCCAGCCUUAACUUUGUGACUGAUAACCAGACCCUUCCAAAUCCGCCAGCAUUCUCUUCCAUAGACAAGCAAGUCUAUGCAGCCAUGCCCAUCAAUAGCUUUCGAUCAGGAAUGAAUUCUCCACUAAGAACAACUCCAGAUAAGUCCCACUUUGGACUAAUAGUCGGUGACUCACAGCACCCGUUUCCCUUUUCAGGUGAUGAGACAAACCAUGCCUCUGCCACAUCAACCGCAGACUUUUUGGAUCAAGUGACUUCUCAGAAGAAAGCUGAGGCACAGCCUGUCCACCAGGCUUACCAAAUGAGCUCCUUUGAACAGCCCUUCCGUGCUCCAUAUCAUGGAUCCAGAGCUGGAAUAGCAACUCAAUUUAGCACUGCCAAUGGACAGGUGAACCUUCGGGGACCAGGGACAAGUGCUGAAUUUUCAGAAUUUCCCUUGGUGAAUGUAAAUGAUAAUAGAGCUGGGAUGACAUCUUCACCAGAUGCCACAACUGGCCAGACUUUUGGCUAAAAAAAAAAAAAAAAAUGUAAAUAAUACUGGCACUUUAGAACAGAUUAAUCGAGAGUGGGGUUACUCUGUGUAAAAUGGAGUGCUAUACAGAUUUAAGAGUAAUGCGUUCAUAGCAAGCUGAUAAGAAUAGCAAGAUAAUCCAAUACCUGCAUUUCGUUUGGUUAGUCCGCAUUCCUUGAACUGCCUUACGUGUUGUCACCGUUAUAGAGCAAUGCAUUACUUGUUUUAGAUCAGAACCUUGCUAUUGACCCACACCAAGAUAAAAAGGAGAAAAGACUUUCGCACAAUUGUUUCCUAACUGAUAACAUUGUACAUUCUUAGGAGCGUAGUAAUUGUGUGAAAUUUCCUCAUACUGUUUCUAAGUUUUCAGCAUAGUAUUGCACUUGAGCAGGGAAUCUGAGGACACUUCACAGACAGUGAACUUAAAGUUUCCAUGUCAAGAGAUUAUGGCUUAAAAUAAGUAGUUUGUCCUAUAGGGGGGAAUAAAAAGAAACCACCUUAAAAAUGAUAUGCCAUAUACCCUUGAUUCUCAUUUUGCAUUAUAUUGACAUGUGUUUUUUUUUUUGAAGAAAAAGGUAAUAAAAAUCUGAUAGUCUAAGACUCCACUAUUUAAAAGCCUAAUUACUUUUAAAGUAUGCAUACUUUCAAAACUUUUACCAAAACACAACUGUUGAAGCAUUCACUUCUCUCUGGAAGUGUGCAUAUUGGUGUCAGUUUCUUUGUACAGGUAUACUUAGAUAUUUUUUAUGAUUUUUCAUGUGCAAGUAUCAAGGUUUGAAGUUUUAGUAAAAAAAGAAAUAUUCUGUAGAUUACAUUCCCAAAAAAAUAAUGCUUACACGCAAUGUAUAUUCCACGUUUUGAAGCUGAGAUGUAUUUCACUUUACACACUUCAGUUGACAUAGAGCACUUAGAAUUAAUCGGGUAUUUUUGAUUUCUCAAAGUUAAAAAAAUAGAUUUUUUUAAGUUUGAUAUGGUUGUGUCAUAAUCAUCUCGUAAUUGACAAUUUUGCUUUUUGGCAAUAAAAGGAAGUUGGGAUAUCUUUGGACUGUAAAACCUGGUCUAAUUCUUCUCUUUCUGGACUCUUGAUAGAUUGGAUAAUUAAACAGUAUCCCAAGAAACUAAAGAAAUGGGCAUUUUAAUUGCUUACUUAAGUUACUUUUAAGUGAAUACUGCUCAUGACAGUUUUACAAAGAGGAAAUGCUUACUGAUUCCAGUAACUGCAAUUUCUUUUUCAGCUAGAUGAGUGAUCGGAAGUUUUUUGUUGCAUUUCAAAAUCUAAAUAAACUACAGACUUUAUCCUUAUACGAAGAAUGUUUUUUUUAUAUAUGUAUACUUUGUCUUAAAAUAAUACAGCAUGGUACAAUAAAUAGUGCUUUUAUAUACACACACACAUAUAUAUAUAUAUAUAUAUACACUUUUAUGAAGAAUGAUGGUUUGAGUUACACGUUGGACAGUUUUAAUUUUUGGAGACUCAACAUUAGUUACACUGACUCUGCCCUCCUCUUUUAUUUGUUCCACCUUUUUGGGUUUUGUACUUCAAAUUUCUGCCAUCUUUCUUUCUCGCAAUGUACCAGUGGUAACCUGAAACUAGUACCCUUGGGAGAUGAAGCUUUCGUUAACUUUCAUUUUGACUUUGCUGUUGGCCCUGUAGACCUGUGUGCUUUGUUUCAGUGUUGAAUAUGUUAUCCAUUUAAAUUAUUUUUCUUUUAUUUAAUAUUAUCCCAAAACUGUUCUCAUAAAGAAAGGGAACAAAGUAAUACCCUCCUCCCCCAUCCUUCACUUAGACUCAUUUAAAUUUUUUAAUAUGUUGGUCUUUUUAUGACAAGGAAUAUAAGUUAUAUUUAAUGUGGUUUCCUCUAUACUUUGUUAUGAAACUUUGCUUGAAAUCAUAGUUUUCCCACUUGACAGCUUAAGCUUUGCUGUCAGAUCUUCAAGAACUUUAAGACUUCUUUGAAGUAAAUAUUUUAAGUUCUGCCAUUGUUGGUCUGAAAACCGAUGUGUCCGUGGCACAUCACCUCAGCGCAGAAAUGCUUCAUCAGAUGACAUGUUAUGGGACCAUGCUCACGUCUAUGAGCAUUUGUAUUUUUCUCAUAGUACUUUUGAUAAGAGUAGACCUUGAUUUCCUAAGUCGAGCCUGAGUUUUAAAAAUGUAGUUCCUCUGAGAACUUGAUGUGCUGCUUGUACAGUGUGAGGGGUUUUGUUUACAACAUCACCAGCACAGGUUUAAGAAUGGAACAAUUGCUGAGCGGUUCAGGUACACUUAGGAAGAAAAGCCUUGAAAAAUGGAAGUUCUGUAAACAGAAUUUCAGGCGUUGCAUUCCUGUCCUUUCUUUAAAUCUACACGAUGGCAGACUUUCCUACCAGGUUAUAAGCAUUUGAGGUAACCGAUAGCCAGCAUAACUUACUGACUUACCGCUGAAGUGUAGUCAUCACUUACUGUGAAGUCCUGACUCCUGCCAGGCUCAGCUAGUUUCUUCAUCAUGCGAGAAGCAUCUCAAAAGUUUGGGUUCUCCACUUUGGUUCAGAAAGUUCUGGGCAUUAGAGGAAGGAAGUGGCCUUGCGUGCUGCUUUAGACGGAUCCUUGUCAGUUCACAUCUCUCAUCUCUCUCGGGGAGCAAAGUCUUGUAGAGGAGUAGCUUCUUCAGCUUUUGUCCACCGUGAGACAGGCAGGAGUUCUCCAGCAUCUGAAACACUGUUGCGUUUUGAGUAUCAGUUCUUACUGCACAUUAUUUCAUUGGGUUUAGAAUAGCCGAGCGGCUCCUAAGCUUUUUUGUUGUUGAUGGUCUACAGUGCAGUGCGCAUGUGCUACCUAGUCAGGUAGGAAUCCACCAUCUUAGUUAGCUCUGACUCAGGGUGCCAGCAAUGGGUCAUUUUAUCUCCUGAGAGGUAGAAGAGGCCUUGUGCUCAGGGCAAGCUUUCAUUCCCACAGAUGAGAGACACUUGUGAAGUGCCAGUGAGGUUAAAUCUUUUGCCGCUUCUUUGAUUUUACUGAUUUGGGUUUUUAAAGGGCUGUUUAAAAAAAAAAAAAAAAAAAAAAAGGCCGGGAGCCUUGGAGUGGGCACGCUGCCUGCUGCCCUCCCCAGGACCUGUAGAGUUCAUCUUUUCCGUGUGUUUACUUGAAGAAGCACUAUUAGAAUCAGUGAGGGUUUAUUUGAGUCUGCAAUUUAAUUUAAACCUUUUCCGUUUCAAAUUGCUUUAUUUCAGGGAAAUAAUUUUCCAGUUGUUUUUGCUAUAUUCUGCAAAUAAAAACCAUAUGUUUCCUUUCUCCAACUAAACUUUGGUAGGAAACAAGCUAAAGCAGACAAACAUUUCUUGUUGUGUUUGUUGCUUUCUUUAAUCCAAUGGAUAAAAAAAGUAAAACCCUGUAAACAUUAUUUUAUUUUUUUAUGCAAUACCAUGCUGUAAAUAUGGUUCAUCGAGUAAGGAUGUACCUAUGAUUGAAUCUUUAAUUCUGCACAGUUAGAGUUUAUAUAUAAACGUGUCUUGACAAUCAAGGACUUUGAUGUGAGUCUUCCUUUAUGAUGUUUAUUAAUGUUAUGCAUUCCAUUUGUUUGAAGUGAGUACCAAUGUGCUAAUUUGUAUUGUCUGAAAGUAUGUAAUGUUUUUACAGCUUGUUUUUAAGACUCUGUAAAUAUGUACAAACCAAUCACAGUACGGCUUUAUGUUAGAAGGCGUGUGAUGUUGUACUGUAUGUAAGCAAUAAUACAUAGCAGUGCUAACUUUACAAGUAGCAUCAGGAACGUUCUAUAGAAACAUUUCAGAGUUGUUAGUUAUCCUUAUUUCAUUUAAUAAUGAUUAUCUUUAAUCAGUUUUUAUAAGCAAAUUCCAUUGUUCCUUCUGUUGGAACGUAACACUGUUUACACAGCAUAAUUGACGUUGCAGGGGAGACAGGCUAGACCUGGCUUCGUCUGCGAUCACUCUCACUAAGCAUUGAAUGGCCUUACCACUCUUGUGCAAAGAUGGAGGAAGACGCAGAACUUAGUGCCCAUCACACUGAAGGAAGGGAUGUGUUUGUUUGUUUUUGUUUAUUUGGUUUUUUUUUCCUGCUUCUGUACUGCUACCUAACUUUGUGGUUUGCUUUGGGUUUUAAUAUGUGUUUCUGUUUUAGAUUCAAGCCCGUAAGUGUUCAGGUAACUUCAGUUCAAUUGUGAAGUAGAUAAAUUUCUUCAUAUUUCAUAGUUACAUUUCAAUGAUUCUAAACUUUCUACUUUGAUUUUUAGAUACUUAUUUUUCAAGCUUGAUUUCUCAGCUGACCAGAUGAAUUUACUCAGCUUCAAUACAAAGAAAGACAAACUUAUAGCUUGAAGUGAGUAGAUACUAUACUGUACUCUGAAACACCCGUCACUGCUUUAGAAAUGAAGCCGCCAAUUUAUAACUGACUCUGACCUACAUUUUAUAGGGAAAUGUUUUUAAUGCUAGUCAUUUAUAUAAUGUGCUUUGAAGGAUUUGCUAGUCCACUCCUGUCACUUUUUAGUACACUGGUACCUUUUCUAUGUAAUGUAUGCUUUUUAUUAUUGUAGCAAAGCAUUUCAGUAGAGAGACUUUUGCAACAAUAUGGGGGAAAUUUUUCAUUGUCGGGUUUGAAUUAUACUGGAUUUUAUCUGUCUAGUCUUACUUGUCUUUAUUUUAAUGCUGUCUGGAAGGGACCUUGGUACCCAAAUAAAGCAGGUUAACCUCAUUGCUUCAAGGGCAUACUGUGUAGUGCUGAGUUUCACCUGGAAAUCUGAUGACUUUGAAAAGAAAAACACAUUUAUAAAAAUUGUACAGAAGAAAUUAAAUCUGUGAUGGAUAUCCUGAUGGUGGAGCACGUUGAAUUUUCUGAGACAUAGUGUUAUUUUCCUGGAAUCCCUUAUGCCUUCUUUGUAUUCCAACCAAUAAAAGAAAACCUUGUCAUUGAAAGUGGUAGGCUGAUAGGAUAUUCUGAUUAUACAGUAUUACUUUUCCUGUCUUAUUCUCUGACCCCUUCUCAAUCACUGUAAAUUUUUAUUUUCUAUUUCCUAUUGCUAAUUAAACAUGUAUAUAAUGUA